ACACACACACACGCACCGCCCCCUCCCUCUGCCGGUGUGCAGGCUUGUUGGCCACCAGCAGCCUCAGACGGUGUCCUGGAUGUUGAACUGCGCGUUUCAUUCUAAGCUGCGCUGCGCAUCAUCAGCAUCCUCAUCACGGAAGCCUCAUCAUAAGGAUUUGCGUGUGAUAAAUAACCAGGCCACGGACCGGGGAACAGUCGCGCUGGAGAAGCUUCUGUCCGACAAUGCACGCACUCUGAGCCGCCUCGCGGAUGCGGGACUCUCCUCCUCACGUCGGACCCUCCGGAGUUCUCUUGUCCCGCAGCUCUCGAGCUUCAUGACCGCAGAGGAGCUCCACCGAGGACGCUGGGUGACUUUUUAAUGGCACUCGGCCCGACCUACUACAGGCUGCUGUUUGCCUUCAUGGGACGGUGAAGGUGUCUUUAUUCUCUUCCCCCCCCCCCCCCCCUUUUUUUUUUUUUAAACCUUUUCUUUUUAUUUUGGGAACCGACAUCCGCGCUCAUCCUGCCGCUGCACCGGGGACACCGAGGUCCUCACCGGGGUGUAGUGGUGUCCGAGAGGCGGCGGACUGCGGAGUGUUGUGGUCGGAUUUCCUGCCGUGGCGUCUGUGUGGAGCGUGCCACACACCCACUCCACAACAACGACGGCUUUUGCCUGCAUCCUCCAGUGUUUCUUCUGUCAGCAAGUCCAGCAGAGCUGCAACUCGUCCAGUGCCAGCCCUGACGCCUGCGAGGAGCCCGGCCCCACUGACAUGGUGAAGAUGACCAAGUCCAAGACCUUCCAGGCUUACCUGCCGUCCUGCCACCGCACCUACAGCUGCAUCCACUGCCGGGCGCACCUGGCCAACCACGACGAGCUCAUCUCAAAGUCAUUUCAAGGCAGUCAGGGAAGAGCCUACCUGUUCAAUUCAGUGGUGAAUGUCGGCUGCGGGCCAGCCGAGGAGCGGGUUCUCCUCACGGGUUUACACGCUGUGGCUGAUAUCUACUGUGAAAACUGUAAAACCACCCUGGGCUGGAAAUAUGAACACGCCUUCGAGAGCAGUCAGAAGUACAAGGAGGGGAAGUUCAUCAUCGAGCUGGCUCACAUGAUCAAGGACAACGGAUGGGAGUGACGCUCUCUCCUCCUCCCCCUCUUUUUUUUUCUCUCUGACCUUGGAAUGCUCUUUACUGAACUUGCGUGGAGCGAUGUCCUCCGACCAGCCGAGCCCCGCCCCUCCCCGCCCACCCCACACGCCCCCUUGAAAAAAACAACCUCCACCCACUCGUCUCCGUCGCGUGCACACACACACACACACACACACACACACACACACACACACACACACACACACACACACACACACACACACACACACACACACCUGCUCAUCGUGAAACUGAACUGAACCAAUGUCAUUAAUGCGACGUGGACGGCGAGGAGGAAGAGGAGGAGGAAGAGGAAGAGGAGGAGGAGGAGGAGGAGGAGGAGGAAGUGGAGCAUCACGCCAACAAGGGGGAGUCCCGUCGUCUACUUUGAAGAUUGUGUGUCCGGCGCUUUUCGGGUUCGAUUCCCGCCCACUCGGUCGCCCCGCCCCCCUCCCCUCCAUCACCCCGCGAACCACGCUUACAAGUCAUUGUGGCGAUGUGGCGGCCACGGUCGCCCGGCAACAGGAGGUCCGCUGGAAAAAAGACAUUUCUUUGUUUUUUCUCGGACGACUCCGAUGACUUUGUUAUUAUUAUUUUUUUUUCCUUUCGUGGAUAUUUUUAAUGUUAUUUUUGCUCGUUUCUGGGUUUUUGGGGUUUGGAGGCAGAUGGAUGUUACUGGUUAGCAUUUUAUUUCCCCCCCUGUCGAGUCCGUCACGUUAUGUUGUUCCGUCGUAUCUCUGCCUGUAGCUGAGCACGCUUUUCUUUCGCUGACGGCCAAAUGCGCAAUCAGGGACGGGGAGGGGGGAGGGAGGAGGGAGGGGGCGGGGUCUUAUCGUAGAUACAAAUAUGUAGCAGCAUCUUGCUUCUUUUAAAGUGGAAACAGGCAGAACGCAGUAGUGUGGGAUUUUUAUACCUUAUUUCUCUUGUCGUUGUUUUUAUCAUUUUUCUUUAUUGCGAAUUUUCCUCACCCCCCCUUCUUCUGGUAGCACCUGGUAUAUUAUUUUUUACUUAAAGUUGUAUGCGUGUGUGUGUCCGUGUGUGUAUAUCUGAUAUAUAUAUAUAUACGCACACGCAUAAAUUAUAUUUGUAGUGUUUGGCUGAAUGCGAUUGUGGCUGGUCCCAUUUUGCAGCCGAACCACGAGAGUGAAAAGAAAAACAUAAAAAACUCCUAACGGCAGAUUGUAUCGUUCCCACUGUCGAGUGAUGAAAUGACAAAGAGACACAACUACAUAUGAAUAUAUAUAUAUACACACAUUCUACGAAGAAAUAUCCAUAAUUACUAUGAAAUUGUAGUACGUAGAUAUUGGAACCUGGAUUUUAUAUAUAUAUAUAUACAUAUAUAUAUAUAUGUAUAUAUAUAUGUAUAUAUAUAUAAUUGCUGUCAUGCACAUAUGUAUAUAUGCAUAUGACUUUGUGUAUAUAUGCACCGUGUGUGUGUGUGUGUGUGUGUGUGUGUGUGUGUGUGUGUGUGUGUGUGUGUGUGUGUGUGUGUGUGUGUGUGUGUGUGUGUGUGUGUGUGUGUGUGUGUGUGUGUGUGUGUGUGUGUGUUCUUUGCGGAGGCCGGUGGUUCAUCGCAGUUUGGAGGCAAAAACAUUUUCGUUUGGCUCUCGCCUGUUUCUUUUCUUUUUUCCGUCUCUUUCUUUUUCUUUGCCUCCUCGCAGACGCACGACAGGUCGUUGUCGGAGACGGAGAGAAAAGUUUGAGCCGGGACAGUUUGGAAGGAUUUUGCUCGUCUCCUUUAGGGGACUGGACGUUUGCUCUUUAUUCCCAUUAAAUUGGUGUGGAUUUGAUUUAAAUAACCAAAUUUAGCAGUUUCCAUUUCUUUGCUGCUGCUGUCCUAGAAAUCCUGCUCCCCCCCCCCCCCCCCCCCCCCCCCCUGUAGGUCUUUUGCACUUUAUGCUUAUCCGUCUCUCUCUGUCUCUUCAAGCAUACGAAUUGACUCACGUGCAAUUUUGAAAAAUGUGAUUUGCCUCCAAGCCGCAUGAAUCUUGUGCCUCUUCAAGACAAAAUGCCCCCCCCCCCCCCCCCCCCCCCCCCCCUGUUGUGCCGUGCAUAACUCCAAACCAACCUAACGUAACCUUCUUCACCAAAGUCCCUUUGUCGUUUGUCUUUUUAUUUUAUUCCUCGAGUUGGUCUACUGUACUUACACGCAUAUGUAUUUUCUAUCUUACGAUUUAGCGGGUGCAAAAAUCCGACGGAUGUUAAUUCAGCGUAUUAUUUUUUCAGAGUAAAAGAUGGAGGAAGAGGUUUUAUUACGUUCUAUGAGGGAUGUGGGACGGGAGAGAUUAAAAAAAAACAAAAACAAUCAGCAGUGAUAGAUUUACUUUGCCGGCGAGGUUCAGUCAUAUCACACACACGACCUUUUAUUAUUAUUAUUAUUAUUAAGAAAAAAGAGAAAAACGAUGACAAUGCAAAACCCUUAAUAAGCGUCAGCGGUGAUGAACCUACUUGAAGAAAAACACGUUUAGACGGAAACACAGCGGAGACGUUUGGCCCUGUUACAUUUUUUGUACAUAAAGUAACAUAUUUAAGGUUUUUUAUAUGUAUUUCUACUGGGUUAGUUCAGUUACUUCCCGACUUGAAGCACUUUUGUUCACUGUACCUCUGGCCGUGUGUGCGUGUGUGUGUGUGUGUGUGUGUGUGUGCGUGUGCGUGUGCGUGUGUGUGUGUGCACGCCUGCACACGGAAAACGAAUGUCAAGUUCCUUUUUUCCUCUAAAAGUUUAAUUUCUCUCGGGUUGUUGUCUGUCUAUUUUUUCCUCUUAGUUUCUUUGUUUCUUCCCCACGUCGGAGGAUUCCCUUAGCUUUUCUUCUUUGGCAACGCUGCUCUGUGGAUAUCUGAUUGUAUUUCCUUUCGCAACCUGCUCGUUUCGUCCAGAGAAAGAAGGAGACUUGUGAUUUCUCUGAUCUGUUCGAUUGAUUGUGUGGAUGUUUCGUGUUCACCACCAACCGACCCCCGAGGCUUCGUCCCGGUUGUUGUAACAGUUGAUAGACGUUCCAGACACGUCUCCCGAAACAAUCCGGGCUUCUCUUCGCUUGAAUUUGACGCAUCCACUGACCCACAAGCCCCCCGUUGUGCAAAUGGUGCAUUACUGUCAUUACGGAUUCAUCUGUCGACUAUUUUUCUCGAUUUGUCCUCUGGUCCAUAAAAUGGUGAAAGAUGUCGAUCGUGUUUCCCAGAAAAACCACCGAGAUGAUGUUUUAUUGUUUUGUCCACACAGCGAACAGUAUUCACGUCACUGUCACAGAGGAGCGAAGGAACCAGAACAUAUUCACAUUGAAGAAGCUGAAAUCGAAUCAUUUUUCGUUAAAAAAAGCUACUUGAAGCGAUUGGUCGAUUAUGAAAAACACUUGGCGAUUCAUGUAGUCGCCCGAUCGCUCCUCGAACGACCCGUGCAGCUCUGGUGAUCAUCAUUGAAGUCCCGUGGGAGAAGCGGGUACUCGUCGGUCGUUUGGCAAUUCUUUGCUUUUGGAAAAAAAAAAAGAAAGAUGGCUCCCGACACAAAGCUUUGCCUUCAGUCGCCCGGCGGGGGGACGUCACGUCACCAGCCAUGUGAGCAGACUGUCACACUUCUGCUUCCACCGUUACUGAAUGAUGGAGACGUCACUUUUCCUCCUCUCGCACGCACGCACACACGCACGCACGCACGCACACACACGCACACACACACACAGCCAGUUUCCUCCAAAGGAUCUUCUCCAACAUGGCGUCCGUGACCCAACUGCAGAGCCUCUCCACGCGUCUUCUCUCCCUCGCUCCCCCUUUUUUCCCCGAUCCGCCGGCCGAAUGAGUCGAAUGCGACGGCAAAUACGACGCUACCAAAUACGAGAACCAGGUUCCGUCCCACGCGUCCGGCGACGAUUGUUUUCCGAUUGCGAUUCGACUGUUAAUAAACCAAAUCUAAGAAGGAGAGAAACUCUUGUCUUUUCCGUGGAAUGUCUCCGGUCCUCUGGACUCCACAGCGUCCAACGGCCGCCGGGGCGACGGCCAUGUAGAUAUUUUGCUGCUGAACAAAACUGUUUACUUUUUAAUUGUCAUUAUGUAUGUUUUCUUUUUUCGGUUUGUUACCGUGACACUGGCUACCUACUUUUACUUUUCUGGGGGAAACCGCAAACCUGACAGGACGUGGAUCACGAGGGGGGAAAAGAACGUACAAGCUCUUUGUCCUGGGACUGUUAAACUGCAGUUUAAAGGUCUGAAGCAUGUUGUAUUUAUAAUGGCUAUGUGUCGUGCCUGUUUUAUUAUUGUUAUGAUUAUGAUUAUGAUUUUGUUUCACUUUUCUUUCCUAAAUUUAAAGACAAAACUAUUAUAUGCUUUUCGUUUGACUUCGUUGCUUUGCGUUCUGUAUCAGUGAAGCCAUGUCACACGUCUGUUUUCACUCUAAUGUAAACUAUCGGAUAUCACAAUAAAUUUUCAAUGGCAUUAA